GACGAAGAACAAGACAACAGCGAGAAGAAGUCUGCCAAGGACGCGCUACUGCUGUGGUGUCAGAGGAAGACUGCCGGAUACCCGGGUGUGAACAUCACCAACUUCACCAACAGCUGGAGGAAUGGGCUGGGCUUCAACGCUCUCAUACACGCUCACAGGCCUGACCUCAUCAACUAUGACCGCUUGGACCCAGCUGACCAUAUCGGCAACCUUAACAACGCCUUUGAUGUGGCCGACAGAGAGCUGGGCAUACCUAAGAUCUUGGAUGCUGAAGAUGUUGACGUCAACAGACCAGACGAGAAGAUCAUUGUGACCUAUGUGGCCUCCUACUACCACUACUUCGCCAAGAUGAAGACAGAGAUGACAGGAGGAAAGAGAAUUGCCAAGAUAUCGUGAAAAAGGCAACAUAGAAGCCCAGUACUUCAACAUCCAGGCGCGGCUCAAGGCCAAUGGCCAGAAGCAGUACGUGCCGCCGGAGGGCAUGUUGAUCCACGACAUCGAGACGGCCUGGCUUCGUCUGGAGAAGAGUGAGCACGGCCGAGAGGUGGCGCUCAAAGACGAGCUCAUCAGACAGGAGAGGCUGGACCAAUUAGCUCAUCGCUUCUCUCGCAAGGCUGCCAUCAGAGAGACGUGGCUCAGCGACAUGGAGCAAAUCCUCCAAGAACAGAUACAGUGUAACAACGCGGCCCAGACAGAGGCGGCCGUCAAGAAACACGAGGCUAUCAGCGCUGAGAUCCUGGCCAGAAAAGACAGGUUCCGGGCUCUGAAUGCUCUGGCUACAGAGCUGGUCCAGGGAAACUACCGGGCCAAAGACAAAGUGAAAAAGAAGGACCAGGAAGUGAUGCAGAGGUGGAAGCAGCUGCUGGACAAGCUGGAGUCACGCAAGAACAUUCUAUCUGGCUUCAACAACCUCAUGUCGAUGUUCCGGGAGAUUGAGAACAUUGGGGAGGAGUUGGCGGAGGUCGAGACCAAGGUGAAGGUCACGGACUGUGGCAAGCACCUCCAGGCGACAGACGACCUCCUCCAACAACACGCGUUGCAGGAGGCACAACUCCAAGCCCUGACGCGCCGUGUAAAGAAACUGAACCGCCGCUCGACACAGCUCGGCGGGGGAGGCCCGGCGGAGGGCGACCAUCUGGACAAGAAACUGGAGGCUCUCAACAAAGAUCUACAGAGAAUUCAGGACCUGAGCAACAAUCGGCGUACCAAUCUGGACACGGCCAAACGGUACUACCAGUUCCUGUCGGACACGGAGCAGGAGGAGAGAUGGGUGGCCGAGAAGUUAGAGGGGGCUAAGUCGGCCAACGUAGGGAAGGACCUCAACGCCGCUCUCAUGCUGCUCAAGAAACAUGAU